AUGUUUAGAAAAGCAAUAACUCGACUACGACAUCAACAAACAACUCACUUGCAAUAUAGAUCGGCCACGAUUUCAUUGAACAAAAUUCCAAAUUCGGAAGCUGUGAAGCUAGUUACAAAAGUCCUUAAGAGAACAGAGCGACGAGUAAAAGAAUACGAGAAUGUUACAGAAUUGUCCAAGCAAUACGAACAACAUAAAUCUAAUUUGUUAAAGAUUAUAAAAAGCGAGGAAAUAAGCAAUGCAUUGUUUCGUGAUGAUGAAAAAUUUGAAACAUAUUUGAAGUAUACUGAGAUAUGUCAGCUAUCAAACAAAAACUCUUUGUCUUUCAAUAACACGGAAACUAGAAAUACGAUAAUGCUUAUUUGUGCAAUGCUUGUGGAGUUAGUUUCUAAUACUUUGGCAAAGCAAAACAACAGCAGCAAAAUAGUUUUGAAAAAUAUGAAUUACAAACUGAAUUCAGAUGAUUGGUUGUCCUUGGAAAAUUAUAGAAAAUACUUUAACUAUUAUAAAUCGUCCCAAUUUUUGAAUGAUGAUAAAAUUGAUCCUACAAUAAAAACUUUAAAAGUACCCAAGUUUAAACUGAACACAUUUGAUGAUACCAAAAUUAUCGAAAACUUAGAUGUAAUAUUUAAAGAGUACAAAAUCAGCGAUGAUCAGCUUUCUCAUUUAACAUUAGCUUUGAAAAUUGUUCAAGUCUUCACAUCCACUCAUAAUCAUAUUCCUACUUUAAAAACUUUUGCUUAUUUAUUAGACAAACUCGGUGAAUUGAAUUUACUAAGCUUUCAAAAAAUUGUUUAUUUAUCUUUGUUUCAAUAUAAACAUCAACCAACGGUAUUGGCAACUCCAAAUUCAAAUUUUGAUUCCAAAUUCCCACAAUUAAUGGCUGAUCAUUUCCUACAUAUCAUCACUGCCUAUCCGGAAAUUUUAAAGUCACUACUAUUUUAUCAAGCUUUAAGAAAAGAUAGUGUCACGUUCAUAGAAUUGCUAUCUUUUUUGAAAUUAGAUAAAAUAGCUGGUGAAAUAAUGGUCAUUAAAUCACCUUUAUUAUCAAAAUCAAAAUAUAAAUUACCUACUUAUAUUCCAAGUUUCAAUUUUGAUAAAACCUUAUUAUUAACUAUAUCAAGAAGAUCAUUGUAUGAUAUCAUGAGGCUAAGUGUAGAUAUGAAAUUGUUUGAAUAUUUGGAUUUGUUGUUUAACAAAAUAGUAUUACAUUCGAAGGAUCGAUCAAAUAUUCAAUUGAACUAUAUUGAAGAUAAUUUAGUGGAAGGUAAAAUAUUCGAUAAUGAGCUCUUUUCAAUCAUGUUCACCGCCGCAAUAGAGUCAAACGAUCCGGGUAGAGUUAUUUGGUUGUUACCGUUUUUUGAUGAGUUUUUAAAAGAAAAUGACUACAGUAUUCCAAAUGAACUAAAGGACAAGACUUUACAUGCAUUGAAAUUAUUCGGACUAGAAGGUAAACUAAGAAAGUAUGAAGAACAUUUUGUAAAUAUACCUAAAUAA